GACAUUAGUUCGACGUUCGUUGUGCUCUUUUAGCAACAGAGAAGACGGCUUUUCCUGUUGCUCGUCGUUCCUCGACUGUCCCUCUUCUUCUUUCUCUCUCUCUCUCUCUCUCUCUCUCUCCUGCUCCUUCCUGAUCGAUCUCUGGGCUCUCAAGUUCCUCGACGAGGAUCAUCGAUACACGUCUUGGCAGUAGUCGACCACCGUGGUACGCGAUUCAUCGACGUCCCUGGGGUAACCGCGAUCAUCGGCGCGUCACCGACCCAACCGGAGGCCGAGAUCUUUGCUCCGAGAUAAAGGGAGAGAAGUCGAGAUUAACGAUAUCUACGGAGAGAUCAAAAGGACGAGAUACGAGGAAAGAGAAGCGAAAGGAUGGAGGCGGUGUUGCUCUAGCAGUCGGCAGGAAGCAAUCUUCGAAAGUGUUUGACAGACAGCGAUAGGUGUUGGAGAGUUGUUCCGUGAGCCACGGAAGAAGCUCGAGCUCGAUUCGAUAGAGAUUGCAGAGCGGCCCUCACGAGGAAAGGGUGCUCGCGUUUGAUGAAUCCGUCGCGGGCCAACCUAGUUAUGUUCUCGAUCGAGUACAGCAAGCAAUUCCUGAGUUACCGUAUACUCAAGUCGAACCGGUUCAAGUACAUCUGACGAUACGGACUCGGACUAAGUGUGAUAAAAGGGUGCGCGCUACGGCGAGAGUGUGUAUGUGAGUGUACUGAGCCGUUCUCGACUUGUCGUUGGCAACGGUGUUCAGGGAAAGGAAUCGGAAAUAUAGGCAGGAUCAGGAGAGAGCCCGCGAGCCGGCAAGACCUGGAAAGUCUUGUUCGCGAUUUUCACCGAUGCGUCGAUUUUCUCUGUUCGUUACCGAUUGAGAUAAACGAGGCGUCGCCUUCGAGACCCGUUGAUAACACGACACCAUCGAAGGCGUUCGAAAUCGCGAAGGGAGGGAAUCCGAUUCCGAUCAACAGGUUGCACGAGUCGAUUACACCCCGAUAAAAUAUAAACGAACCGAUGAAACCAAAUUAUACUCCUCAAAAAUAAACGGAACGACAGAGGUGACGACCGAAAUUCUCUCCGCGGAGAAUACGAGCGUUCCACCAUCUUUUCCUCAAUUUUUCAAAUCCAUUGACAAAUCCUUCCGUUAACGAUCAAAAAAUUCUCACUGAUCGAAACGAAGAAGAAAUUUGCACGUCUGUCGAUCGAGUCGGCGAGUUCGCCAACGUAUAUAAAUUAAAUUAAAGGGGAGAAGGUACAACAAAGAAUAAAAAAAUGAUCGUUUACGUUUCGGGUAGAAUGCCAAGCCACGUUGCUCCGUACGGCUCCAUUCGUUAUCCGAGCACACUGCUGGGCGCGGUACCGGGAUUAUACAGCCCGAUUUCCGGUUAUUCGACCAAUCCCAACUCCAACUACUACGGGAGCUUCAGCCUGCAUCAGCAACCACCGCUGGACCUUCCGGUUUGGCCACGAAGCAUGCCGGUGGAGGAGGAACUUGCAACUACCCCGUCGACCGCGAUACCGGGCUUGAGAGUCUCGCCGGAUGGCUUGCCAAAUGGUGGACCACCGAGUCCAGCUCACAGCGACUCGGAUGCUUCUAGUUCCAGCUUGGAACUUGGAUCCAUUCGACGUGGCGAGAAUGCUCAACUAAAAUGCAGAUGGCAAAAUUGUGGUCGUUGGUUCACGUCCUUGGAACAGCUGGCAGGACACGUUGCGCGACUCCACGCUGCGCCGGGACCACGCGGACUUUUCUACUGUGGUUGGGAAGGGUGCGCCAGAGGUGAACGUGGCUUUAACGCUAGGUAUAAGAUGCUGGUUCACGUCCGAACGCACACGAACGAGAAACCACACCACUGUUUCCAAUGCGACAAAAGCUUCAGUAGAGCGGAAAACCUCAAGAUUCACGCCCGUUCUCACACGGGUGAACGGCCGUACGUCUGCCCCGUCGAAGGCUGCAACAAAGCUUACUCCAACUCUUCCGACAGGUUCAAGCACACCAGGACUCAUGCCGUGGACAAACCUUAUUGCUGCAAGGUUCCUGGCUGUCCGAAAAGGUACACCGAUCCCUCCUCUUUGCGCAAGCACGUGAAAACCUACAGACACUACGUGAACAACAAUGACAAGGUGCAAGAGAAGAGCUUCGAGGAGAAUAACUCGCAGGAAAAGGCAAGAUUUGACACGGUAUCGCCGGAGAAGCAGAGCAGCAGUACUCACUCUGAGUCGUCCGACAAAAAGGACAGCAGCAUCGAGAGCAGCAUGUCAGGAUCGAGUCCGAAAGCUAGCAACAGCUUCGAGGAGCAGAGGAACUUCGUCGAGUGGAACAAUAUGUACAAUCUUCAAGAUCAACGCAAAGAACAGGAGCAGAUCACGCCGAGGAAAACCUACGAGCAGGAAGUGAAAGUCUAUCCAAGGGUUUACGACGAGAAUUAUAUAAUACCAGAGAGAAUUCAGGUUAAUCCUAUGUACGUUUCCAACAACUCGAUCAUCAAAGAGAGUCCACCACAGUCGGUGCAGUCGGUUUCGCCGCAGACCAGUCCGCAUCACGUCCCGGACACGUUGUCUCGCAUCGGGAUGCAAUCAACGCCCAUUAAGGUCGAAGAAACGAUCGAAUGCCCCAGUAAAAUCAGCACGGUCGACUACAGGAACAUCGAGUCCAUUAUCAACAGCACACCCUGCAAAAAAGAAAACGUCGUCAUUUGCGAUCCAGUGAGACAUUCUGUGAUAAAGCGAGCGGAAGAUUUAAAAAUGGAGGUGGAGCAAAUACCGACCAAGGAAGAUAUCUGCAAAGACACCAGCGAUUGCUGUUGCCGUCACAAAUGCUGCGUGCACAGUAACGACAACAUCAUGGAGAAAACGAAGAUCUUGUCGGAUUUGAUCCUCAAAACGCAGAAUCCACUGUUCAGACACCUGCUUGGCACGGUGGAUCUGCAAUACGGGCUGCAGAACAUGUGGGGCAACAUCGUGGACACGAACAACACCUGCGGACAAGAUCUACGAGUUAAGAACGAGAACGUGGUAGAGAUGGAGCAGGAUCUUCCAUUGGAUUUAACAAUCAAUAAGUAAGUAAUUUCAGGUAGUAGUGAAGUUAGCUUUUCAAGGGGUAAAAUUUGAACGCUCAGGAUUCUGCAGGCAUACAUUUUCUCUGCGAAUUGAUACGUGUUUUUGAUUUUAAAAACGUUAAAAUCGGCUUAAGCGACCGACCGUGGCCGAUGUUCGAACAUUAUUUUUGGGGGUCGUCCUGGAACGUCGAGGAUCUCCGAUCCUCUUCAGAGAGAUUAUAAAGAUAAUCUGAAAACUCGUAACUUUUUAUUUGAUAUUAUUGUAAAUCCAGGACGAUAUUGAAUAUUAAUAAACAUGAAUUUCUACUCGAGCUACGGACGGUUAUUAGUUCCGCAAUUUUAUAUCAAAUUAAUUUUUUUGAGAUUAGUGAGGAAGAUUCGAGGAUUAUUAUUUUUUGCAUAGUUUAUUUAAUUCAAUGAUAAUUAGAAACAGUUGGUUUAUAAAAAUCGGGGGAGAUGAAAUAUACCGGUGAGAAGGAAGAUUAUUAUUAAAGAAGAGAAAGUUGUCUGUUUUCAUUAGACUGUGAAACCAAAUAUAUUAUAAUACGUUAACGUAUGUCAUAUGAAUAAAGUCAGUCAAAGUAGAAACAGUUUCAUGUCGAAUGAGAUUUGCUCAAUCUUAAUUCGUUAGUAAUUCCUUUAGCAACGUAAUUAGAAAACCUCAAUUUUAGAUUUACGCGUAGUUUGAUCAAUCGGCUAGAACAAAACUUUCAUCCAUACUUGUACAUACAUACAAUGACAUCUUCGUAUCCUCCACAGUAUUAAUUCUAUGGUUUUCCACGCAUAUCGAAAUUCGUGGAUAGCAAACACUAUUAUAUGCAUAUAUACAUCUAUUUCAAUAUUAAAUUAUAAUAUAAAUUUAUUAGUUUAUUAUACAUACUUGGACAUUACUGAAGAUGCUAUUAAUGCGUGUUUCAAAACUUUUGUUCUGAUAUUCUAAAUCAAUCGAAAAUGUUACAUUUUAUAUGGAUUAAGCGACUAACAGAUAAUUACUUAUAAUGCCUGACUACUAUGGAUAAUAACUAAAAUGGUCACGCAGCUUGAUACAUAUUGAUUAAUUUAUUAAAUUCAGCAAAAUUAUGAAUAAAGUUAUAGAUUUAAGUUUUAGUCACUAAUUAAAGUGCACGAUUUGUCGUUAUUCACAAUGGUCGGACAUUAUAAAUAAUGUUUUAUCAAAAUUAAUCACUUAAUCCAUAACAUAUAAAUGUAUUAAAUUGAGUUUUCCGUAAAUAUGUCAAACUUGUUAGCUUAGACAGACUUGUUAAAGAUAGAUUAUGUAUUGUAACGCAAUUUUUUCAAAUCGUGGUCAACCUUGAAUGAAACUGUGGAUACGAAAAUCUUAUUGUAUAUUAGACCAAAAUCUAACAAGCAAAUGAGUAAAGUAAACGAGAAUAUGAAAGGUAAAUGUUUCAUAAAAUCAAAUAACGUUAGUUGGAUAGAUUGUUGUAUCAUAAUGCGUUUGAAAGAAGUAAUCCGGUAUGUUAUGUUUAACAUCUAUGUAUAAUAUGUAUAUAAAGAUGUGUUAUGUAUAAACUAUUCAAGAUGUUCGACGUAUGAAGGAAAGUACGUGCGUUUCUACAAUGAAAAGAGCAUGUUUAACGACAUUAAACUAUUCAAUAAAAACAUUAUUUAUGUAAAAAAA